GCGGCGCCGGCGGCGCCAUGGAGCCGCGGGAGGUGAAGGACCGGAUCCUGGAGAACAUCUCGCUGUCGGUGAAGAAGCUACAGAGCUACUUUGCUGCCUGCGAGGAUGAGACGCCUGCUAUCCGGAACCACGACAAGGUCCUGCAGCGUCUGUGUGAGCACCUGGACCACGCCCUGCUGUAUGGACUGCAAGACCUCUCAUCUGGCUACUGGGUGCUCGUGGUGCAUUUCACCCGGAAGGAAGCCAUCAAACAGAUCGAGGUGCUGCAGCAUGUGGCCACCAACCUGGGGCGCAGCCGGGCCUGGCUGUACCUGGCCCUCAACGAGAACUCCCUGGAGAGCUACCUGCGGCUGUUCCAGGAGAACCUGAGUCUACUGCACAAGUACUAUGUCAAGAACGCCCUGGUCUGCAGCCAUGACCACCUGACUCUCUUCCUGACCUUGGUGUCUGGCCUGGAGUUCAUUCGAUUCGACCUGGAUCUGGAUGCCCCGUACUUAGACUUGGCCCCCUACAUGCCCGACUACUACAAACCUCAGUACCUGCUGGACUUCGAGGACCGCCUUCCCAGCUCCGUCCAUGGCUCGGACAGCCUGUCCCUCAACUCCUUCAACUCCGUCACCUCCACCAACCUGGAGUGGGAUGACAGUGCAAUUGCCCCAUCUAGCGAGGAUUAUGAUUUUGGAGAUGUGUUUCCAGCAGUGCCGUCUGUACCCAGCACAGACUGGGAAGAUGGAGACUUCACGGACACCAUCAGUGGCCCCCGCUCCACAGCCUCAGACCUGACCAGCAGCAAGGCUUCCACCAAGAGCCCCACCCAGCGCCACAACCCCUUCAACGAGGACCAGGCGGAGACCGUGUCCUCCUCUGACACCACCCCUGUGCACACCACCUCUCAGGAGAAGGGGGACUCCCAAGCCCCGGACCUGCCAGACGCCUGCACAGAGCUUGAAGUCAUCAGGGUCACCAAGAAGAAGAAAGCCGGGAAGAAGAAGAAGGCCAGGUCAGACGAGGAGGCAAGUCCCCUUCACCCAUCCUCCACCCGGCACUCCUGCGCCAAGCAGGGGGACAGCAACAGCCUCGUCAGCAGCCCAGGCCGUGAGCAGGGCUCCCCAGAUACUGCCUUUGCGUCCCCCCAGGAGGAGGGAGAGGAGCCCAGCAGCACAGCUGAGAGCAGCGAACGUUCUGAGCCCAGCCUGCUCAUCCCCGAAAUGAAGGACACUUCCAUGGAGCGCUUAGGGCAGCCCCUGAGUAAGGUCAUUGACCAGCUCAACGGGCAGCUGGACCCCAGCACAUGGUGCUCCCACAUUGAGCCGCCGGACCAGUCCUUUCGGACCGGCUCUCCCGGGGAUGCCCCGGAGAAGCCGCCAGAUAGCGACUUUAGUGAGGGGCUUCCAGCCCCCAUGGACUUCUACCGCUUUACCGUCGAGAGUCCAAGCGCUGUUACAUCAGGUGGCGGCAACCAUGACCCUGCAGGGCCUGGCCAACCGCCGCAUGUUCCUGGUAGCCCUGCGACUGCUGGCCAAGAAGAAGAGGGAGGAGCAGCAGGAGCAGGGGGACAGGCACCUCGGCCUGUAGAACACGCCCCCGGGGAGGCCCAGGAGCCGGAGACCCAGGAACAGGAGACCCGGAUGCCCCUGGCUGGGGAGGGGCCUGUGCCUGACCCAGAGCCUGGGACCCAGGAGGCUCUUUGCCAACUCAAGAGAGACCAGCCCAGCCCCUGUCUGAGCAGCGCUGAGGACUCUGGGGUGGAUGAGGGGCAGGGGAGCCCUUCUGAGAUGACCCACUCAGCAGAGUUCAGAGUAGACAACAAUCACUUACUUCUGCUGAUGAUCCAUGUGUUUCGAGAAAACGAAGAACAGCUCUUCAAAAUGAUCCGGAUGAGCACGGGGCAUAUGGAGGGCAACCUGCAGCUGCUGUACGUGCUGCUCACAGACUGCUAUGUCUACCUGCUGCGGAAAGGGGCCACAGAGAAGCCAUACCUAGUGGAAGAGGCCAUCUCUUACAAUGAACUCGACUACGUGUCGGUGGGCCUCGACCAGCAGACCGUGAGGCUGGUGUGCACCAACCGCAGGAAGCAGUUUCUACUGGAUACGGCCGACUUGACCCUGGCCGAGUUCUUUUUGGCUUCUUUGAAGUCAGCCAUGAUCAAAGGCUGUCGGGAGCCACCCUACCCCAGCAUCCUGACCGACGCCACCAUGGAAAAGCUGGCACUGGCCAAAUUUGUAGCCCAGGAAUCUAGAUGUGAGGCAACUGCUGUCACUGUGUGCUUCUACGGGCUUGUGCACUGGGAGGACCCCAUGGACGAGUCUCUGGGCCCCGUGCCCUGCCACUGCUCACCCCCCGAGGGCACCAUCACCAAAGAAGGCAUGCUGCACUACAAGGCGGGCACCUCCUACCUGGGCAAGGAACACUGGAAGACCUGCUUCGUGGUGCUCAGCAACGGGAUCCUCUACCAGUAUCCCGACCGCACCGACGUCACCCCCCUGCUCUCAGUGAACAUGGGGGGGGAGCAGUGCGGUGGCUGCCGGAGAUCCAACACCACGGACCGGCCCCACGCCUUCCAGGUCAUCCUCUCCGACCGGCCCUGCCUGGAGCUGAGCGCCGACAGCGAAGCCGAGAUGGCCGACUGGAUGCAGCACCUCUGCCAGGCCGUGUCCAAAGGGGUCAUCCCCCAAGGGGUCGCCCCCAGCCCCUGCAUCCCCUGCUGCCUGGUCAUCACCGAGGACCGCCUCUUCACGUGCCACGAAGAUUGCCAGACCAGCUUCUUCCGCUCCCUGGGCACAGCCAAGCUGGCCGACAUCAGCGCCGUCUCCACGGAGUCCGGCAAGGAGUACUGUGUCUUGGAGUUCUCCCCGGACAGCCAGCAGCCCCUCCCUCCCUGGGUCAUCUACUUGAGCUGCACGUCUGAACUGGACAGAUUCCUGUCUGCACUGAACUCUGGGUGGAAAACCAUCUACCAGGUGGACCUCCCCCAGAAGGCCAUCCAGGAGGCCUCCACCAAGAAGUUUGAGGACGCCCUGAGCCUCAUCCACAGCGCCUGGCAGCGGAGUGACAGCCUCUGCCGGGGCAGAGCCUCCCGGGACCCCUGGUGCUGAGGCAGAGGCGCCGGCAGGGACACCGAGGCUGGUGGCCAGGGGGCAGGAAAGGAGGCUCAUGGCCACGUCGUCGUGCCGCUCAGGGCUGGCUUCCCCUCGUCCACAGCCCGCUUCUGCCCCAGGCAGCGGGGCCACCGCAGGGCAAGGGGCGGGAGACGUCUCCCCGCUCUCAGGGGUCGGGACGGGCCCUGGGCAUCCUGCUGACAGGGGGCGACUGGAUGCUGGGGGAGAGGGUCUGAGCCCCGUGGGCUCUGCCAGCGCGGCCUCCUCCCCGGGGCCCAUUGCUGCAGCGGCGCAAAUCUGCAGAACAGCUCCGAGGGGAGCAGGAC